AUGCCGAAUCGCGCGUCCAUGGAGGUGGCGAAGACGGUGUUGGAGGUGGCCGACGUGGCCUGGACCGCCAUAGAAACCCACCACCACCACCAACACCACCACCGAGAAACGCCUCUUUUUCUGCCAUCGCCGCCGGGUAAAGAAGAUUUGGAAUUCGAAUCCUUGUGCUCCGAAAAUCAACGUCUCCGGAAUUUACUUCAACAAAAUCUGACCCUUUUUCAAAGCAUGUCCACAGAACCUUCUUUAUUACGGAAUUGCCCUCCUGAUUUGCACGAGCGUCUUUUAGCUGUUGUGAAUUCUGGAAGCUUCGUCGAUCAACUAGAGAAUCUCCGGCAGAAAUCUGUGGAGGGUGCUGCAUGCAAAUUUCCAUUCAACGAGCCCUCAGAUAAAGAUUUGAAGAAAGUGGAGACUUUGAUUAAUGUUGGUAAGGAAGAGCCGAGUUGGUGGGUUUGGGUCACCGAGGACAUGGUUCCUAGCAAUACUGAAGAGCGAAGUGGAAUUGAUAAUGAAAAUUAUGUAGUUGUGAGCGAGGAGCAAGUGGUGGAUGGGGUGGCCAAUUUCAUGGCUAGAUGCUUGGUGGCUAACCCAAAAGCUCAGAAAUUGACUCCUGAGCAGCUGCAGAAAGCCCUGACUAAAGCAUUGGGAGGCAUAAAUAAGGUGGAGAAGGCAUUAAACAUUUGGCACGCUGGGAUGAUGUUUUAUACACUGGGCAUGUGGGGACUUGCUAUAACGGGUUUGUACAAGAGUCGAGCUGCUCUGAGACUUGCUGCAAUGGGAGUGCAUACUUCGAGCAAAGCAGUACUGAAGGUCCUCUGA